UUUUAUUACAUUUGCCUGUUUAACCUUCUCUAUUCUUUGGUAACAACACCCUGUUUCCAAAUUAAGACAUGGAAGGUUUUCUGUGUUUUAUGAAUCAAUGAGAAUCACACAAUCUCUCUCACACACACACACUCUCUCUCUCUCUGUGUGUGUGCCUCUCCACAUUCAACCCCUUAAAUUCCCCGCGAAUUCAGUAUGUAAUCGUUUUUGGCCCACUUUAAUCGUUAGAUCUUUUAUCCAGGGGAGUUUAAAAGUUUACAUAGAUAUAUUUGACUCAGGGAUUCUUGCAGAACAAAGUUUUCUAGAAGGUUUUUCCGGUGCCCCCUAAGUUGGGGUUAAAAUCAAAACAUCCCAUGGGUGGAUUGGAUGUGAAUGGAAUAUGAGAGGCUAAUUUGGUUGUAUUCAGGGACCAUUCUUGGCCGGUUGCAUCUAAAGAUUGAUUGACUGAAAACCAUUUUCGUUUUCAGGCGAGAUGAGCCUGUGAUAGUUAUCGUUUCAAAUCGUGUGGGCCUCUGAUGUACUCUUCAAAAUCAAAUCAUGCUAAAGGAGGUGAAUAAUUCUGUCUAGCCGUAGUAUCCAUGUAUUCAAAUCGGUCCUGCGGGGCAGGGUUCUCUCUCUUCUUUGGCGUUUGCGUAUCGGCUUCAUAGAGACUGAUAUCGGGGCGUUGUCUUGCAAUAUCGGGGCCCCUGUUUUUCUUUGUCUCAUGGAGAAGCGGACUGUCUCAAGGGACCAUUCCCUGGUUUGUUGAGGUGCCAAAUGCCCGCCUUUUGGUUUUUGAAGAAUUCAAACCAGAUGUUUCGUUGCCGAAUAACAACUGGUGGGGAUGGGAUGGGGUCUUGCAGCACGAGUACCGGUAAAGGACGUCCACGUCAAGAGAAAAAUUGAUGAGGUUGCUCAAGCGCAACGCAAGCUUGGUUGUUGCAAGAGAAGAGGCGCUUAUUAGAUCCACCAGAGCAGCCACAAAUGUGCUUACUCAUCACAUAACCCGCCAAUCACAGUCCAUGAGGCUGCCACGAUUGCCAGGACAACCACGCUUGUUUACUCGUGGCCGCGAUGUUCGUCGAUGUCUUGAUUCAUCGUCGCCAGAUCAAGCUCCAUCGAGUCUCCAAUUAGUUAGCGGAACUGCGGUGUAUCGUAUUCCGGACGGGAGAUCGCGAAGAGCUCUCUUCCAACGGAAGUUCCUGGAAUUUCUUUUUUUUUUUUUCUUUUUUUCCUCUCAUCCCUACAUCGCUUUGUUUACACAAAGAGUUAACGGCCGCCCAUUGUCUUCUCCUAUAUCUAAGACGACCGCAUUUUCUUUCAGCAGGACAAAGCCCCGUUGCUUGAUAACUGCGACCAACGUACCAACCCAACCUCCUAAAUGGAGACCCUCCUGGCCCACUCCUUCGACUACCUGUCAUCCUACGAUCAGGGCAAAAUUCGCAAAGGACUCAGACAAGUCGAAGGGCUACUGGCGCAAAUAUGUCUGUCGCGAUCCAAAGUCACCACCACCGCUAUCGACAAGCGCCGCUCAGAAGUGCCAUUGGGCGCAAAUCCAACACCUGCGAAGCCCCUAAGUGAAUUGAGUGAAGACCCUGCUUUCAGAGAAUUCUUCAAGUUACAAGAGGGAUUCCAAUGGAAUGUCGCCAUGCGUUUAAUAUCGUGUCUUGAACAUCUCCUCGGCCGCGGCAGCAAUGGCACAAACGACCUCCUCAUCAUCUCAACCCUAGAUCUAAUCCAAGGCACCCUCCUCCUCCACCCACCCUCCCGCUCCCUCUUCGCCCGCGAGAUAUACAUGAACCUCCUCCUCGACCUCCUCGAACCCGCCAACUGCCCCGCCAUCCAAUCCUCCACCCUCCUCACUCUUGUAACAGCCCUCCUCGAUAACCCAGCCAACACCCGCACUUUCGAACUCCUCGACGGCCUCCUCACCGUAACCUCCCUGUUCAAAAUGCGCACCACCUCGCGUGAGGUAAAACUCAAACUUGUCGAGUUCCUGUAUUUCUACCUCAUGCCUGAGACGCCGUCGCUGGCCUCUGCGAAUUCCACGAGUGCGCCGAAUACGGCUAUCCUCGGCCUCCAUCGCAGCCCAAGUAAGCUUGCUGGUGCGUUUUCGCGGAGCUUGCAUGGGCCCGGUGACGGUGGGAGGGAUGCACGUGGAGGAGACACGAAGACGACAGAGGAAAAGCAGGCGUUGUUGGGAAGGUAUCUGAGUAAUGUGGAGGAUUUGGUUGAGGAUUUAAAGGAGACGGCUCCGUUUGGAGGCACGGUUUAUUAGCUCCUUUCUUUUUUUUUUUUUUUUUUUUUUUUUUUUUUUUUUUUUGUAUCUCCUCCAUGUUUGCGAAUGAUAUGUAAUGGAUGCGCUGAUGUCCCUUUGCCCUGUGUUUCCCCGAUUACCAUAUUUUCGCGUGUGGGCUUUCUAGAAUCGUUUCUUUUCCUUUUGAUUUUGCUGAAUUCUUGUAUUCUUCCUGCUUUGCCGUAGCGUUACCUGCUUGUUCGCAUGGCGUUCGUGGCGACUCCUAUCUCUCUUAAUUCUCUUUCCGUGUAUUACUCUCAACAGCAGAUUCGACACAAUCCUUCGACUACAUGUAUUACUAUUCUUAUCAUACCCUCACCCUUUGCUAUCCUGUCACUCUCUCGUGUCUGUUUCCUUUCCGUUCAGGCCACCCAUACUUAAUUUAUCCCUUUCGACUUUGAGUGUGAGGGUGAACUUUGCUUCUUGUUUACCUGGUAUUGUUAGUACACUUUGCGCUAGACACCCCAUUAACAGUCUUUGUUUGUCCUCCCACUAUAUGGAUAUGUAUAUACGUAUUUUUAUGUACACAUAUAUAUAUAAAAGAUCUACUUGGGUAUGACACCGUGGGAUUUUAAAG